AUGAAAGCGAUGAAGCGGCCAGAAGCAGCAGUGAAAUAUAGCAACAUCACUGACCUGUUCAGGGCUUCAAGUGCAGUGUCGGUGAUAGAGGGAGAUUCAGUCACUCUAUACACUGAUAUUGAAACCAUCCAACAAGAAGAGAUUAUAUGGUAUUUUAAUGAUAUUCCCAUUGCUGACAUCACUGGAGAUCAGAGUAAGAACUGUACAGAUGUUCAGUGUAAUAAUGGUGCAGAGAGAUUCAGAGGCAGACUGAAGCUGGAUCAUCAGACUGGAUCUCUGACCAUCACAAACACCAACACCACAGACUCUGGACUCUAUACACUACAGAUCAACAGCAGCAGCGAGACCAAAAAGUGUUUUAUAAUUAACUGUUUAUUUCUGUUUCAUUUUUUCGGUGUUGAUACAGAUAUAUUGCCAGUGUCGGUGAUAGAGGGAGAUUCAGUCACUCUAUACACUGAUAUUGAAACAAUCCAACAAGAAGAGAUUAUAUGGUAUUUUAAUGAUAUUCCCAUUGCUGACAUCACUGGAGAUCAGAGUAUGAACUGUACAGAUGUUCAGUGUAAUAAUGGUGCAGAGAGAUUCAGAGGCAGACUGAAGCUGGAUCAUCAGACUGGAUCUCUGACCAUCACAAACACCAACACCACAGACUCUGGACUCUAUACACUACAGAUCAACAGCAGCAGCGAGAGUCUUGUUCAGCUCUUCAGUGUUUCUGUCUAUUAUGCUCCUGAACAAGAUCAAAUGAAGAGAAAGUCAGUGAAUGAGGGGGAAUCUGUCACUUUAGAUCCUGGUGAAGUUAAAAACCUGAAUUAUUUGAUGAAAUGGUAUUUUAAUGACACUCUCAUCGCUGAAAUCACAGGAGAUCCCAAUAAAACCUGUACAGAUGGUCAGUGUGAAGAUCCUGAUGGAAGAUUCAGAGACAGACUGGAGGUUAAUCAGACUGGAUCUCUGACCGUCAGAAACACCACAAUCACAGACUCUGGGCUUUAUAAACUACAGAUCAACAGCAGCAACAGAAUCAGUAUCAUCAAGAUAUUCAGUGUUAUUGUCACUGCUGUUCCAGAUUCAAGAGUGUCUUCAGCUGCUAAAGAAGGAACAUAUGCUGUUGUUGUUGUUGUUCUGCUGUCUACAGCUGCUGCAGCAGCUGCUGCUGUGAUUUACUAUCGCUACAGGAAAUCUACACAAGCAGGACGAAAUGGCAUAAUUAGGCUGCACAGUUACAAUGAGGAGAAUGGUGUAAAACACUCAACUCCCUUAUCAGAAUGGGUUUUAACUGAUGACUGCUGAUAAUGGGACAUCACAUAGCAUUAAUUAUUAUUUGGGUAACUUAGAUGGGAAAUGAAAGAGAGGAGUGGAAAAAGAUAAGCUUAAAUUGUCAUCACACUCACAGAGAGGUGGUUCUACUCGGUACCAAUUCUGAUGUUUGCUGGUUUGUACUAAAUGUUUUAUAGUUGAAAAGUGUAAAAAUGCAUUAUUCCGUCUAUUUUGUUUCAACAUAUGUGUUGCAAAUUGGAAAGUAUUAUACUUUAAGCAUUUGGAAUGCUACUCUUUCUUUUUUUUUUUACUGCCAAGUUUGUGCAUUCACUUUCUUUGUUCAGUUCCUGUUGCCUUAAGGUAAAGCUCACUACUUUAUUACUUCACAUUAACUGUCCAUUAUAUAUAUUUCAAUUCUAAGUUGUGUUGGGUAAGUGCUUGUUAAAUGAAUCAAUAUAAAUAUAGAUGUUUGUGUUGUCAGUUUUAGUCUCCUUCAGUUAUGUUCACGAAACAUGUUUGGCUGUGUUGUAUUUGUUCAGAGUGCUUGAAAUGUAUAUAUUAUUACGUAUACA